AUGUCUGGUGCUCGGAACCUCUCAGCUGCUUUGCGGCGCACUAGAGUGCUUCGUCCUUGCCUCUCCUUCCGCCCAGCCCUUCCCUCGUCACCACUUGCAACCGUCCGCAACUUCUCUGCCACCAUCAUCAUUCGAGCCGGACAGGUCAAGUAUACCAGUGACGCAUACCCCAGUGUCAAGCGCGACCCAAAUUUUGCCGAGGUUACCGCGGACGAUGUCACUUUCUUCAAGGGCCUGUUGGGAUCCCAGUCGGCUGUCAUUGAUGGAGUGACUACUGAUGCGACGGACGACAUUGAGCCCUUUAACAGCGACUGGAUGCGCAAGUACCGUGGCCAUACACGACUGGUCCUAAAGCCCCAGAGCACUCAGGAGGUGAGCAAGGUGCUCAAGUACUGCAACGAUCGCAAAUUGGCUGUUGUCCCGCAGGGUGGAAACACCGGCCUGGUCGGUGGAUCCGUGCCUGUCUUCGAUGAGAUAGUGAUCAACAUGUCACGUCUAAACAAGAUCCAGUCCUUUGAUCCGGCUUCUGGUGUUCUUGUUGCUGACGCCGGUGUCAUCUUGGAGAUUGCAGACCAGUACCUGGCAGAGCGUGACUACCUCUUCCCAUUGGAUCUGGGUGCUAAGGGCUCCUGCCACAUAGGAGGUAACGUUUCGACCAACGCCGGUGGUCUGCGUCUACUGCGCUACGGAAGUCUUCAUGGAACUGUGCUAGGUCUCGAAGCGGUCCUACCUGACGGGACCAUCGUUGAUGCCCUGUCUACUCUGCGAAAGAACAACACCGGCUAUGAUCUGAAGCAGCUGUUCAUUGGAUCUGAGGGUACUUUGGGUAUUGUGACUGCUGUCUCUAUCAUUUGCCCGCCGCGACCCAAGGCCGUGAACGUUGCCUACUUUGGUCUCGAGAGCUUCGACAAGGUGCAGCAGGCCUUCCUUGAAGCUAAGAGCCAACUCUCUGAGAUUCUCUCUGCAUUCGAGCUGAUGGAUGGCCGCAGCCAGAAGUUGGUAAAUGAAUCUACUGGUAACAAGUACCCUCUCGAGGGUGAGUACCCCUUCUACUGUUUGAUUGAGACCAGCGGCUCCAACGCCGAGCAUGAUAUGGCCAAGCUGGAGUCAUUCCUUGAGCAUGUCUUGGGUGAGGAGAUUGUUGCCGACGGUGUGCUUGCUCAGGACGAGACCCAAUUCCAUGCCAUCUGGCGCUGGCGUGAGGGUAUCACUGAGGCUUUGAGCCACCUGGGAGGUACCUACAAGUAUGAUGUGUCAAUUCCCCUUGCCGACUUGUACCAAUUGGUCGACGACCUCAAGGUGCGGUUGAAUGAGAAGGGUUUCGUUGGUGAUGAUGACUCCUUCCCCGUCCGCGCCGUUACUGGCUACGGCCACAUGGGCGACUCAAACCUGCACCUGAAUGUGUCCGUUCGCCAGUACAACAAGGAAGUGGAGAAGGCCAUUGAGCCUUGGGUAUAUGAGUGGAUUCAAAAGAAGAAGGGCAGUAUCAGCGCUGAGCACGGCUUGGGACUUGCCAAGCGGGAGUUCAUCGGGUAUAGUCAGAACGACACUACGCUCAAGUUGAUGAAGCAGCUGAAAGCAGUAUAUGACCCGAAUGGUAUCAUGAACCCCUACAAGUACAUUUGA